AUGGCAGCCAAGAGACUCUCACAGGAGCUCGACAUGGCCCGCAUCACCGAAGAGGCAGAAUCCCUCCCCUUCUCGCCAAAGCACGAGAACGACUGCUUCCGCCAGAAAUUCCACGAUAUCCCCCGCUACCUCUUCCGCGUCUUCACCCCCAUCUCCGGCUCCGCGACCGACGCCGCCUGGGCCCAGUCCCUCGACUCGCGGCAGGGCGGCACCAGCAGCAGGGUGGACCUCUUCGACCGGGGCGACAACCGGCUCGUGGCGGACAUGCUGAACAAGCACCUCCGGUGGCAGGACGCCAACGCCGGCGGGGACGGGGAGGACAGCAACGUCGUGUCCUGGACCAGCUCGCUGCUGUACGCCCUCGUGCACGUGUACCAGCUGCACGCCAGCACGCGGGACGGCUCGGCCCUCGAGGACAUCAAGCUCUGUAUUGUAGAUACGACCGAGUGCCCGGACAGGAGCUUCGUGCGGGACAUUGACCUCAUCCGCUCCUUCAGCCUGUUCGACAUCGGCUUGCGGGAUCUCAAGAACCUGCGGCUGGGCAAGUCGCAGAGCAAGUCGUCCGGGUGCUACUACUUCGGCGAGUACCUCUCCCAGGGCGCGCUGAAGAUCGAGGGCAGGUGCCAGAUCGUGUCGGCGAUGGAUAUCAUCAAUGCUGGGCUGUACAAGAUGCUGCCUGAGCUGGAGGAGUUUGAGAACUGGAACCGCGAUGAGAAGCCCCCCUGCGCGCGGAUGGUGGUCCGGCUUCGCAAGAGCCUGGGCUCGAGGGUGGUGCCCGCGGCGUGGAGGGAGGUUGACGGCGAGAUCAACGCCGCGCUCAGAAUUGCGCAGCUGUUUGAACCUCGCUGGAGACUACCCAUGGCUGCGAGUUUGAUUGCACUCGUCCCGAACUUAUGCUCAGAUGCAGAGAUUCUGAGGGCAUUCCGAAGAGAACUAUUCACAGACGCCGAGAGAAGGUUGUGUUCUCGUGAGAGAACCGUCAUCAUGGCAUAUGAUACUCUGCCAGAGGUUCAGAAAUUCAGCGAUAUCAUGAGGAGUGUCUACAAAGACUUCUGUCUCUCAAAAUCAAAAGAAUACGUUGAUCGGGCGGAAGGGCUCGUCCGCAGCGCUCUACUCUGGGGAGGAUCAACAGCCAGUCCCAGUGCUUCAGACCAUGACAUGACUCUCCUCGACCCGAUACACGAUGAUAUUGUAGAUCGUUUGGACGACAUAAUCAGAUGGAGCAGUUCACUACGUCAGGAGAUGCUCAAGUCCCGGAUGGUGUUGGUCGACACUGAAUCAUCGGACAAGCAGAGCUUUGAUGAUUCGCUUGAAUUCGAGGUUGGCGACACUACGCUGUCAUCAUCUCCACGUACCGACAUGGAGCAUAGUGAGAUCAUUGACUGUGAAGCGUUCCCCUUCAGGUCCUUGGGGAAUCGCGAGAAGUCGGUCAUCGGAGGGCUCUACAUCGAUCCAAUCUAG